AACGCUCGCAAAAUUCGCACUAAUUGAUUUGUGAUGUCGCCAGUAGUAUCACGUGACAGGCUAGUGUAAAGGAACUAAACAAAGUGAUUGCUGAAGUUGUUUAAUUGUUGUGUCGGAGGAAGCCAACAAGAAGUUUGUAAACACAGGCAACAGGUAACUAUGGGCAACUGCUGUGGGGUGAGCCCUGUUCUCAACGAGGAAGCUACUUACAGCCAAGGGAGUCAAAACUUAGAGGUCAGCGUUCAGAGCAACGCGGCCACCAACUCUCACUAUAUGGCCGAGACGAGCGGCUAUGUUAGUAGUCACAUGAGUGGUCACAUGACUCCGGACAGUCUCACAGAGCCGGAACCUGAGCCAAAACAGUUGGAGCAUAUAGCAGAUAGGGAAGAUCUCACUAAUCAGAAAGGAACGAUGUUUCUAGAGCACUCAAAGAAAGCAAAGAGAAUGUUAGCUAGAAAUGGUCGACACCACACCUACUCUGGUCGUCAACGCCACAGUAGUGCUCGGCUCUCACACGGAGGCCAUUCCUCUCCUGUCCUUAUUAAGAAAGCUAAUUCAUGUUCCACUAUCUACACCGAUGACAGCACUGUUAGUCUGCCCAACCUCAAAUCCACUCUCAAAUGUGUAUCUCUGGCAGUCUUUUACCACAUAAAGAACAGGGACAGAGGUAGAGAGCCCCGGACACUGCCAGGCUUUGAUGAGAAGCUACACCCACUAACUAAAGAGGAGAUACCCUCCCACUAUGGCGACUACACACCCGAUCACAAGCUCAUCUACAAGUUCAUCAAGACUCUGUUCCAUGCUGCACAGCUGACUGCAGAGUGUGGCAUCAUUACGCUCAUCUAUCUUGAGAGGCUCCUGCAUUAUUCUGAGCUGGACCUCCAUCCUAGUAACUGGAAGAGGAUCUUAUUAGGAGCUAUACUAUUAGCCUCCAAAGUAUGGGACGACCAAGCCGUUUGGAACGUGGACUACUGUCAGAUUCUGAGGGACAUUACAGUGGAGGACAUGAAUGAACUAGAGAGAGUGUAUCUGGAGCAACUUCAGUUCAACAUCAAUGUACUGAGCAGUACCUACGCCAAGUAUUACUUUGACCUGAGAUCACUUGCCGAAGACAACGGACUCAUUUUCCCCAACGAACACGAAUUACUCACCAAAGAAAGAGCAAAGAAACUAGAGGCUAUCACACAAGGAGCUGAGGACAAGUUGACCAGUGCUAGUCAGCCCAAGAUGAGGAAGUCAGCCAGUAGUGAACCACUAUCCCCUAAGAACAUUCUCGUGCUGUCGUAGAUCUAUAUAGGCAUCUUUAUUUAUUACGACUUUGUACCAUUGCUGCUUUUUUGUUCCACUUUAAUUUUUUUAACUUCCUCCAUUCUGUAAUAAUAUUCGUGUACAUGAUCGAGAUGAACUUUGCACUUG